UCACCUGCACAACCCAGACCUGAAGAUCAAAUGUCGACCACCCCGAAGAAACGGGAACACAUUGGGAUCAAGGCGAAAAUUUACAACUCGCCGGAAUCUCUCUCGAUGGAGGAAGCUUAUCACAAAGUUUACUCUUCUCGAAACAGAUAUGGAAACCGAUCAGAACAACCACAUGACUUCUCACCGAAUCAAGACCUUUAUCAACUCCGCUUGUACUCUGAGGAAGGAAAACUGACCAAAGUAGUAUCUGAAGAUGGGAACGAUUUUGACCACAAACUUGCCGGCGACAAGGUGGAUGUCAAUAAUACCAAUAAUAACGAGAUGUCCCCUGACGAACAGAAAAAUACCUCACCUGAAAUCCAUCUUGACGAAAUUGAACCGUCAUCAACCAAAAUUACGAAAGAUUCCAUCACAGCUGCUAAAAGAAAUGUUUCAGUAACAUCCAAUUUAAAUCAAAUCUUGAGCCCGACAAUGGCAGAUAGCGCCACAAAUGAUCCUCCAACUAGGGAAACUCUGGAUCAAAUUCCUUCCAACUUAUCAUCAGAAUUCCACACACCACGAGACGACCCAAUUUUACCUGAUAAUGUCAUUCCUGACCCAAUCCCUACCGGCGAAAAAAUCAGUGGUCAACACUCCUCCAGUUCAAUCUCAUCGGCCGCAUCAAAUAAAACCGUUGUCUUUAAUGACAAACAAACCAACUCUCAACGGAAACAUCAGUCACCUUACAAAUUAAGGGCACAGUCCCCUUACAAAAGCGCUUUAAAAAAUGCAAAAACUACCCAAUCUUCCGAUUCCGUCAUGAAUAAAAUGUCUAACACCACUCCAAUGAUUAAAACUCCAAUCAGUGGAAAUAAGAAAUUUACAAAAAUUCCGAUUCCCAUCACGCCAAAAUUUACGCCAAAGGAGAGACAAAAUUUUGCACCUAUUACUCGACCCCUGAAAGCAAGAGGACCACUGCACCUUUCAGACCUUGAGCUUUCACCCAUGCCAUCCCCCACUACGUCAACGUCACUCAACCUCAAAACCAGUGCGGUGGACAAAACCAUUAAAAAUGAGGACGAGAAAAUAAUUGAACCCCAAAAACCGCCACCCCCAAAGCCAACUCCCAAGAUAACUCCCACCAAACACAGCUGCAUUGGAGUACAACAACCCCCCAAACCUACCUCCUAUUUAGAAAAACAACAAGCAAAGAUGCAACUUGCCAAGAAAAUUAAAACAAUUAACACCCUCAGCGCCACGAUUCAACGACGCGUCAAACCAAAGCCGGCUGCUGAUUGGCGUCGAAAUCGCAAAUCACUCCAAGGGAAUAAAUUUGCUUCCAACUCGAUUCAACAGCAAUCAUCAUGUCCAAAAAUGUCCACUUUUUCUGCAAGUAGUGGGACAAUAUUAACUGAAAAUCAUGAGGCAGGAAUCUCGGAACAAUACAUUCCCACCUUGUACGAUAGUGGAGAAGACGAAAAGGAACUGGAACAACAAUUGGAAGAAGGGAAGAGCAGCCCUCAAACAGACGGAGAAAGUACCACAGUCGUCUUUAAAAUGGGAAAUGACCACGAACUUUCACCUUCUGUCACCUCUGCACCUGAAAACGUGGAUGUAUCACGGUCAGAAAUAGACGCAAUUUCAGACCAGGUAGCUGAAUCAAUACCGAUUAAAAUUGAAGACCGUGAUGAUGAAGCUCCGAUCGCUGUUGGGAUUCAUUUAACUACGGAACACCCACAAGAUAUCAUCAACCAGAACAAUGAGGCUCACCAACCUUUCAACCUAGAGACGAAUUUUCAUAGGCAAACCCUUAAUGACAGUGUGGAAGUAAAGAAUGACACACAAGUUCAAAUUGUCAAAGUCCCAUGUCGAUUUACAGCUAGUGGAUGCAAGGAAAUGUUAGUUCGUGGCACCCUUUCAGAAGAUAACCAUCACCGAGAAUGUCAAUUUCGACCCAUUUCAUGUAUCUUACUCCAAACUUGUAACGAAACGGUGCCCUACCAUAGUUUCAACCUGCAUUUUAGCACUCAUUAUCUCUGCCCCACGUAUGCCAAGACGCUAACGACUCGUAUCCCCAUUGCGUCCGAGGCCUUUAACGUGGAAUAUAGUUGGCUACCAAAGUGGUUGCGAGUUGGCCAUGCUAAUUUCUUCGUCAUGAUGAACCACACUCUGAAAGGAAAAUCCAUCGGAGAAGACGGACACUGGAUGUUCUGGGUUUGGAUGAUUGGAUCACAAGAAGAGGCAUCGAAAUUCUUUUAUGAAAUCGAAAUUUGCAAAGACCAUCGCAAAAAAUGUGCAACAUUCACCACGCAAUCCAUCCGGACAACAACGGCACAAAUUUUUGCGACGAAAAGUUGUCUCUGUGUUACGGAUGAAGAGAUGAAGCGCAUUUUGUGCCUGGAGGAUAAACUUUUUACUGACUUAUUCAUUGAUGUCGCCAUCGUAAGAAAACCUUCUUCAACUGUGGAUACUACACCUUCAUACACGGGAAAGUACCGGGAUCCGCGUUAGAUUAAUCUGAAGUGAUCCAACAAAAUUUUGGGAAACUUAUAAAAUUCAUUGUAAAAUUAUUCUUUAAUAUCUUUCUAUCCUUUCAUGCUGAUCAUUUUUGUCUCAUUAAUAACAUGUCAUUCAU